AUGUGGAGGGAGUGCAUGGAAAACUUGAAUUAGGGCAUUGUUACGGUUUUCUCUCACUAGAACAAAACCUUAGCCACCAAUGGGAGACCCGGCCACGCCGCCAGCAUCAGAACUCGCAGCGAUGGCCAUAAUCGACGGCGCAUCUCUUAAGCAUCCAUUUUCAGACAGAGUCCCGGUCCGAUCCAUCGUGUGUCGUCCCGAUGGCGGAGCUGGACUGGCCGGGAAUCGAGUCCGCGCUGGUGGGUGGGUGAAGACCGGGAGAGAGCAAGGGAAGGGCUCCUUCGCAUUCUUGGAGGUGAACGACGGGUCGUGUCCAGCCAACCUUCAGGUUAUCGUGGAUGCUGGUGUAGAAGAUCUGAGCACGCUUGUGCAGACUGGGACUUGCGUGUCCGUUGAAGGCGUGCUUAAGGUCCCUCCUGAGGGUACAAAGCAGAAGAUUGAGCUCCGUGUUGAAAGGGUGCUCCAUGUAGGCCCCACCGAUCCUGCAAAGUACCCGAUUCCCAAAACGAAGCUCUCUCUUGAGUUUUUGAGGGAUCAUAUUCACCUUCGGCCCCGAACUAACACGAUUUCUGCAGUUGCUCGAAUUCGCAAUGCACUUGCUUUUGCCACACACUCUUUCUUUCAAGAGCAUGGUUUUCUAUACGUUCACACCCCCAUCGUCACCACAAGUGAUUGUGAAGGUGCCGGUGAAAUGUUUCAAGUUACUACCUUGAUUAAUGAAGCUGAAAAGCUGGACAAGGAGCUGAUUGAGAACCCUCCUCCUACAGAGGCUGACAUAGAAGCUGCAAGGCUUACUGUUAUGCAGAAAGGUGAGGUUGUUGCUCAACUCAAAGCUGCCAAGGCAACCAGGGACGAUAUUAGUGCUGCAGUCGCAGGACUAAAAAUAGCCAAAGAGGAUCUCUCAAGGCUGGAGGAAAGAGCUAAGCUUAAACCUGGUAUCCCUAAAAAAGAUGGCAAGAUUGAUUAUGCUCAGGAUUUCUUUUCUCGUCAAGCUUUUUUGACCGUCUCUGGCCAACUUCAAGUUGAAACAUAUGCCUGUGCUGUCACUAGUGUCUAUACAUUCGGACCAACCUUUAGAGCUGAGCAUUCUCACACUUCAAGGCAUUUGGCUGAGUUUUGGAUGGUGGAGCCUGAAAUAGCAUUUGCUGAUCUUCAGGAUGACAUGAACUGUGCAGAGGCAUAUGUGAAAUAUAUGUGUCAAUGGCUACUCGACAAGUGUUUAGAUGACAUGGAACUUAUGGCAAAGCUUUAUGAUAAAGGUUGCAUUGAUCGUCUAAGAAUGGUUUCUUCUACCCCUUUUGAGCGUAUUUCUUACACAGAAGCAGUGCGACUGCUAGAGGAGGCAGUGAGGGGUGGUAAGGAGUUUGAGAAGAAUGUGGAAUGGGGGAUUGAUUUGGCAUCCGAGCAUGAAAGAUACUUGACAGAGGAGAUAUUUAAGAAGCCUGUAAUUGUGUACAACUAUCCGAAAGGAAUAAAAGCUUUCUACAUGAGGCUUAAUGAUGAUUCAAAGACAGUGGCUGCUAUGGAUAUCCUUGUACCAAAGGUGGGAGAAUUGAUUGGUGGAAGCCAAAGGGAGGAGCGCUAUGAGGUUAUUCAGCAGAGAAUUGUUGAGAUGGGACUGCCGCUUGAGCCAUAUGACUGGUACCUUGACCUGAGACGUUACGGGACUGUAAAACAUUGUGGAUUUGGCUUGGGCUUUGAGAGGAUGAUACUUUUUGCCACUGGAAUUGACAAUAUCAGAGAUGUCAUCCCAUUCCCCAGAUACCCGGGCAGAGCAGAUCUGUGAUAUUUUAGUUGAUAGUAUACACAACAAUGUUUUCACUUUGCCUAUAGAAUUCAACGGUCUGUUCUGCUCUACUUCCCAACCUAAAUUGUUUGGUUUUUGAUGCAGACCUAAUUUGCAAACUCAAAUCAUAGGUGGUGAGGUUUUCUUGUUUUGUAAAACGUAUUUUAUGCUAUAUGGUCAACGAUGCUGCUUGAGAUUUUCUUCUGGCGAUA